AGUGUCUCCUCCUGUCCAGUAGGGGGCAGUAAUGCGACAGUGAGCCGUUUGGCAAACUCCAGAAACAAAAAGAAGAUAAGUCGGCGAAACUCAAACAAACCUGUUGGUGUAACUGUCCACAACAAAUAAAUAGGGAUUUUUCUCCUGUUUUUCCAUUUCUUAUCAUCCAUAUAGGCAGCGAAGCAACAUAUCGAGCUGAUACAGUCGUUAAUAAUGCUGUCGUGAAUUUAUUAUCACUCCUAACUGGAAGCGAGACGAUAUAUUUAGCAGUGAAUUAGCAACACUGUAACGAGCCGUUUAACGACGCUACCGAUGAGUGCUAGCCGGGUUAUAGCGUCCACGAAGGGCAGGAGGAAAGCUGCUCUCACCCGGACCAAGGAGCACCGACCCUCCGGAUCCAACAAGGUGCUGGCCGAGAGGAACCAGGCGGUGGUGGCGGUGGGAGCCUGGGUGGAGGGCGGACAAGACUUCGAGGAUCCGUCUGAGCUGGCUUUGCUAACUGAUGAGAUCCAGACAGAGAAGAGGAGGGAGAACGAAGAGAGCCUACGAAGAUUUCAAGAUGAAGUGCGCCACCGUGUGGCACAAGUCAGCAAGAAGCGACAGCAGCUUCAAAAAACAGACUCAGUGGUGAAACCUGACCGGAGAAUCCCGCAGCAGCAUCAUGUCUGGACCCAGCAUGUUUCUGCUGGCAAGAAGCUGACGUUUGCCUCUCCUCAGAAGGAAAAACGCAUUUCCAGAGUGAUGGAGAGGAGCCCCCAGGAGUCCAGUGAAGGUAUGAGGCAGGUCAGACUCAGACUGGCUGCCUGCCGGAUGAUCCCACAUGGGGAAAUGACGUCAGACCUUCCUGGUGGCGAAUGGAACAUCUCUCCAAGCAAACAUAAAGCUGAAUCUCAUGUGCCAAGAGCAGAGCAAGAAGUGGAAGAGGAGGAGGAGGAAGAGGGAGAAGAUCUGCUCUUCACCAGUCAACAUGAAUGUCCCCUCGUUCAGCAGAACAUCAGCAGUAGCACCUUUCAUCACGGUUUGGUGAGUGGGCGUGACUUGUGGGAUACGCACCGAUCACAACCUGAUCCUGGUUCCAAGUCCAACCUCAGAGAACCACAGGUCCUGUGGCCUCUGGCUGACCAAGAGGAACUGAAAAGACAGCGUCAGUCUCAGUUCCUGAUGCACCGCCGGCUGUUCAUGAACAUUGAGAGAGAGCAAGUGAAGGAGAACAAACAGCACAGGAAACACCUGAAGAGGACGGCAAGGAUCAAAGCAGAGAAAGAACAGAUACGUCUGGAGGAAGAAAGAAAGUUGGAGAGAGCGCGGCAGCUCGCCGAGGCCCAACAGAAGCUGGAGGAGAGAGAGCUGCUGAUUCUGGAGCGACUGAAACUUGAGGAGGAGGAGAGAGUGGUGGAACUGGAGAGGAGAAAAAGAGAGGAGAAAGGGAAAGUAGCUGCAAGGUUCAUUGAGGCUCUGAGAGCUCAGAUGAAGGAGCGACUGUCUCAGGAGAAGCUAGAGCUCCCUCCUCUCUGCUGCUGUGCAUCCUCUUUCUGGGAUUCCCACCCCGACACCUGUGCUAACAACUGUGUCUUCCACAACAAUCCCAAAGCAUAUGCCCAGGCAUUACAUUCAGCAAUGCUGAGUUUGGAUUGUUAACAAAGGAAGAUGAUGAGCUGCAGUGGAGGUUGUCCAGUAGAAACAGGCUCAUUGCUCACUGUUUUUGAAGGAACAAUCCAACAUUUUUUGAAAUACAGAGUAAGUUGUAUCCCUGUCUGUCCUCUACAGAGAUCAGUCCAGGAAAUGUUUAGCCUCCAGACUAAAAUAUUUCAACAACUACUGGAUGGAUUGCUGUGAAAUGUUGUACAGACAUUCAUGUUCCCCUCAGGAUGAAUCCAAAUGACUCUGGUGAUAGCUGACUUUUCAUCUACCACCGUCAUCAAGUCAGUAGGUUUUCACUCCAGUGAUGAAUUUCAACAUCUACGAUGAAUCUGCAAAAACCUUUGCAUUUGUGGUUAAGAGUGAAACAUCUGUUAAAAUGUUGUUGGAUUGCCAUGAAAUUUGGUACAGACAUUCAUGUUCCUUUCAGGAUGAAUUGUAAUGACUUUUCUGGUAUUGUAGGAUCACUACAUCAUCAGGUCAAAAUUUCACUUUGUCCAAUACUUUGGUUUAUGAUCAAAUUCCUGCACGACUAAUGAGAUUACCAUCAGCACUAAUUAGCGAAUGUUAGCAUACUAACAUGCUAAGCAAAGAUGGUGAACGCAGUAAAUGUUACACCUACUAAACAUCAACAUGUUGGCAUUAGCAUUUAGCUCAAAGCACCACUGUGCCUAAGUACAGCCUAACAGGGCUCACAGUGUAGCUGCAGACUCUUUGUUGUGUUCUCUUUGUGAAAACUGAGCCUUUAUAUGCUAUUUGACAUUUUGACUAUUUUAUAAAACCACACUGUACUUUACCUGUUAUAUCAUUAUUAUUAUUAUUACCGGCAUUAUUUAAGUAUAAUUAAUGGAUUUCUCUCUAUAUGUAAUUAGUGAAGUGAUUUUACAUGAUUAAUAAAGCAUCAGGGAAGUCAAUACAUGUGUACAUGUGCUUUUGAGAACCUGUUUGUUGUGUAAUCGCUCACUGUGUUGUAAAGAUCUGAUCUGGUCAUGUCAAUUUUCUUCAGGGCUGUAUUUGAAAAAAAUAAUAAUAAAAAAGACUGAUCUCU